AUGGAGAGCUUCGCCCUAGCGCGCCCCUCACCUUCUCGAUCCCCGCCCCGUCCCCCUCUCCGCUCUCUCCCUCCUCCGCCGCCGCCGCUGCCGCCGAGCCGGCGGCGGCCUCCGCCGCCCUCACGCACCCACCCCCGCUCCGCCCCGCCACCCACCGCCACCGCCCUCCCCUCCUCCGCCCCCGGAGCCCGCACCCGCCCGCUCCGAGCCGCUGCCGCCGCCUCCUCUCCCCCACCGCAAUCCCCCGAUCCCCAAUCCGCUCCGCCGCCGCUUCCCCCGGCGUCGCCGCCCCCGCAGGGCGCGAAGCCCCUCCCCCUCGCCAUCUCCCUCGCCGUGGGCCUCGCCGUCCGCUUCCUCGUCCCCAAGCCCCCCGAGGUCUCCCUCCAGGCGUGGCAGCUCCUCGCCAUCUUCCUCUCCACCAUCGCCGGCCUCGUCCUGAGUCCCCUCCCCGUCGGCGCCUGGGCCUUCCUCGGCCUCACCACCGCCGUGCUCACGCGCACGCUCAGCUUCGCCGCCGCGUUCGGCGCCUUCAGCAACGAGGUGAUCUGGCUCAUCGUCAUCUCCUUCUUCUUCGCCCGGGGAUUCGUCAAGACCGGCCUCGGGGACCGGAUCGCCACCUACUUCGUGAAAUGGAGGAGCACUCUGGGGCUCUCGUACGGGCUCACGAUCAGCGAGGCGUGCAUCGCCCCUGCCAUGCCCAGCACCACCGCCAGGGCCGGCGGAGUGUUCCUUCCGAUUAUCAAGUCGCUCUCCCUCUCGGCCGGGAGCCGGCCUGGUGAUCCCUCGGCGAGGAAGCUCGGAUCUUAUUUGAUUCAGUCUCAAUUCCAGGCAUCUGGUAACUCGAGUGCUCUUUUCCUGACUGCUGCAGCUCAAAACCUCUUAUGUCUGAAAUUAGCAGAGGAGCUUGGGGUUAAAAUUGCUAGUCCAUGGGUAUCUUGGUUCAAGGCUGCAAGCUUGCCUGCCAUUGUUUCCCUUUUAGCUACUCCAUAUCUAUUAUACAAAAUAUUUCCUCCAGAAACCAAAGACACACCAGAUGCACCUGCUUUAGCUGCGGAAAAGCUUGAACAGAUGGGCCCUAUGACAAAGAAUGAAGUGGUGAUGAUAUGUACCAUGCUUCUUGCUGUUUCAUUAUGGGUUUUUGGAGAGACUCUUGGUAUUGCAAGUGUUGUUGCAGCCAUGCUUGGAUUAUCCAUUCUUCUCCUUCUUGGUGUAUUGGAAUGGGAUGAUUGCUUGAGUGAGAAGUCCGCAUGGGAUACCUUGUCUUGGUUUGCAGUUCUAGUUGGAAUGGCUGGGCAGCUCACAAACCUUGGAAUAGUGACAUGGAUGUCCAACUGUGUGGCCAAGUAUCUACAGUCUUUCUCUUUGAGUUGGCCUGUGGCGUUCAUUGUUCUUCAGGCAUCGUACUUCUUUAUUCACUAUUUAUUUGCAAGUCAAACUGGGCAUGUUGGAGCCCUCUACUCGGCAUUUCUUGCUAUGCACUUAGCAGCUGGUGUACCUGGUGUAUUGGCAGCACUCGCUUUAGCAUAUAAUACAAAUCUUUUUGGUGCCCAAACACAUUACAGUAGCGGUCAGGCUGCUGUAUACUAUGGAGCUGGCUAUGUGGAUCUUCCUGAUGUAUUCAAGUUAGGUUUUAUAACAGCCAUGGUUAAUGCUUUGAUCUGGGGAGUUGUUGGAACCUUCUGGUGGAAAUUUUUGGGCCUCUACUGAGUAUUGACGCUGCAUUUAAUAACUUUUGGCUGUACUCCUCGUGUCGGCUCUAUCUUAAACUGACCAAGAUAUGAUUCGUACUUUAA